AUGCACUCCCACGAGGACAUUGCACAGGCGGUUGCAGAGGUCGAUCUGCGCGUGAAGACGGGAUGGCUUUCCAAAGAGGAAGCUCACAAGCUGAAGACCUUGUUGAAGAUGGGCCAGACGAUAGAACGAUCCACGGACAAGGCAUCGCAGUUUUGGACUCACAAUGCUGACGUCAUGUUGAAGCAAUACCUCCUACUCAGAGAGGAGAACACACCUUGGAAGAAGUUCCUGACCGCGAUCGGCUACACUUGGCUUCAGAGGCAGUUGAAGGAAGCAGAUGCCAAGAAGAGCGAGGAGGUUAAUACAAGCCUUUUCGUUCACAUUGUGGAGUCAGACUACUUUGAAUCCGCCAUGGGGCUGGUGAUGCUCGCGAAUGCCAUAAUGAUCGGCUUCCAGGUUUCCAGCACCGAGGAGGAUAAGUCCAGUGCAGAGCUUUAUGCGAUCCUUGACUUCGUGUUCACGGUGAUUUUCGUGGUGGAGCUGGUCUUGCGCUACUGUUGCGAAGGAUGGCGAUGGUGGUUUCGAGGUUCCAACAUCUUUGACGUCGUAGUGGUGCUAGCCACAAACGUGAUUCCCAUAUGGAUCCUGGUGCCGCUUGGAAUUGACCCUGCCUUGAUACGGCCGUUUGCGGUCCUGCGUUUGUUUCGGCUGGUCAAGCUGAUGAAACUCAUCAGAAAGUACAGAAGUCUCCGUACACUGUGGAACCUGUUCCAGGGGGUCCUUGGAAGUGGUAAAAUACUGCUCUACACAGUCCUGGUGAUGGGCACCACAUUGUUCAUUUGGUCUGUGCUGGCUGUCGUCUUGAUAGGCCAGGACCCGCGAACUAAAGACCAUCCCGACGUAAUCUUAUACUUUUCCAACGUCCCUGAUGCGGUUUUCACGCUCUUCCAGAUCGUGACCUUGGAUAGUUGGUCGGCCAUUGCCCGACCUAUUGGGGCCUUGAACCCGCUUGCAGCUCUCCUGAUUGGCAUGAACAUUGUUAUAGUCGAGAUUUGUUUGUUGAAUCUGGUCACGGCCACCAUUGUCGAUGCAGCCUUCAAACGACAGCAAGACGACCAUGAGAUGGUCGCACAGGAACAGAAGAUCAAGAGCGACAAGCUCAUCGAAGAGGUCCGGACCCUAUUCAUGGAGAUGGACAAGAGCGGGACGGGCAGCCUCAACUACGAGGAGUAUCUGGAUGCCGUGAGUGACAAUCCUCAGAUCCAGACCAAGUUUACCACUUUAGAGAUCGAUGAUGCCGAGGAGCUUUGGGAGUUGAUCGACCUGGGUACAGGCAGCAUCGAAGUAGACCAGUUCGCCCAGGGCCUACGCAUCAUUGCUGGGGAGGUGAAAGCGAAAGAUCUUUUCACCAUCAACCGAAGGGUGGGCAAUGCCCUGAGGCGCCUGCAGGCAGCGGUCCACGAGAUGGAGCGCCAGGAGGCCGUGGCUGAUCAAAUGCUUCCUGACAUCCAAGAAGUCACCCGCCAGCUCACCAAGUCAACCACGAACUUGGUGAACUUCAUGCGCAACGUCCACCGCUGCAUACCACGGGGCAGGGUCCUGCUGCGUCCCGAAAAGGCGGACGAGAAGCGGGGGGAGAUUCUCGAGAAGGUUGGGGGAGAUCCGCAGGGCUGUGGGACUACGGCUGAGGCAGCUACGGCUGUGCCUUCCGGAUGUUCCAACCAACUUUCAUUGUUGAAGGCCCUGGUGUUCGCCGCAUUGCAAGCACUUCAGUCCACAACUACUAGUAGAAACAGCAGUACUAGUACUAGUACUAGUAGUAGUAGUAGUAGUAGUAGUAGUAGUAGUAGUAGUAGUAGUAGUAGGAGUAGGAGUAGGAGUAGGAGUAGUAGUAGUAGUAGUAGUAGUAGUAGUAGUAGUAGUAGUAGUAGUAGUAGUAGUAGUAGUAGUAGUAGUAGUAGUAGGAGUAGUAGUAGUAGUAGUAGUAGUAGUAGUAGUAGUAGUAGUAGUAGUAGUAGCAGUAGCAGUAGCAGUAGCAGUAGUAGUAGUAGUAGUAGCAGUAGUAGUAGUAGUAGUUGUUGUCGUAGUAGUAGUCGUAGUAGUAGCAGUAGCAGUAGCAGUAGCAGUAGCAGUAGCAGUAGCAGUAGCAGUAGCAGUAGUAGCAGCAGCAGCAGCAGCAGUAGCAGUAGCAGUAGCAGUAGCAAGCAGUAG